GCGUAAGAGUAGAGGUCACGACUGUGUUGUCAGGCACUUCCGGUAUGCGGGACGAUGCAGUGAUUUCAGUGGCUUGCUGCAAACAUGCCGUGAUUCCCGCAGAAGGACACUCGAUGGGUGUGGCAGUGAUUGGCAGGACUUGAUUUGAUUGACAGUGAUUGACAGCUGCCGCCAUGAAACCCAUCCACUUUGUGGACCCCAACAAUCUCCUGCUAUGCGCCAUCAUCACAGCGGCCAUGCAGAUCUUCUUUUUCGGCAUAGCGGCGACCUUCAGAUUCGACAAGGUCACGGAUUUUGCAGGAGGGACAAAUUUCAUGGUGCUGGCGUUGAUGACACUUCUUCUCGCACAGACGUUCUCGGUUCGACAGAUCCUGGUGACGGCGUUCGUGUGCGCCUGGGGCAUUCGGCUGUCGGGUUACCUCCUCUACCGCAUCAUCAAGAUAGGAGAAGACAAACGGUUCGACGACAAGAGGGACAACUUGUGUGCAUUUGCAGGAUUCUGGACAUUCCAGGCCAUCUGGGUGUUCACAGUCAGCCUCCCUGUGAUCUUCACCAACUGUUCCUACUCCAACGUCAACAACUACUUCACCGUGCAGGACAUCGUCGGCAUCUCCAUGUACGGGCUCGGCCUGCUCACAGAAACGUUCGCCGACUUCCAGAAAUUCAACUUCCGAGACAACCCAGCAAACAAUGGGAAAUGGUGUGACUAUGGCCUGUGGAAGUGGUCGAGACACCCCAACUACUUUGGAGAGAUCCUGCUGUGGUGGGGGAUGUUCCUGAUCAGUACCAGUGUGAUCCAGGGAGGCCAGUGGGCCGGCAUCAUCGGUCCUGUCUUCAUCACCUCCAUCCUGCUCUUCCUCAGUGGCAUCCCGCUCCUCGAGAAAAAGUCUGACGAGAGAUAUGGAAAGGUGGAGGCCUACAGGGAAUACAAGCGUAGCACCAGCCCCCUGGUUCCUCUGCCUCCGUACUUCUACGGACGGCUUCCCGACGCGGUCAAGUGUUUUGUCUGCUGCGAGUUCCCACUGUACAACACCAUGGACGAGGCGGACGAGGACGAACUUGAGGUCAAAGUUGACGAGGUCAAUGGGAAGGCCCGGGCAAACAGUGCAUGAUGGGGCAAUGAGGAACUAUAGGAAAAACCAAACUGGACGAGACACAGAAAUAGCAAAGGAAAUUACAACUGCUUAACAUUCAAAGAGACUUUAAGUAUUCCAAUUUUGUUGUUGCCCAGGCAUGUGUUAUAUACAGCUGAAGUUGCCACAGGUUCAAUAAGAGGAUAGUCAAAAAGAAAUAGCAUUGUGUAAUCAUGGUGUAGGGUAGCAUACAAGUUAAGAGAGUAGAAACAGCAGAACCUGAAUCUGUUGACUGAGUUUACAUAAAACAAUACAUGGUUGGAAUUUUCUACUUGUUUUCAAAUUAUAUAGGAAUUACUGUAUAUUCCAGCUGCUGAACUAACGGGUUAUGAAACGACAUUGUGCAUUAUCAUGCUGAGGGAACAUACUGAAAUAGUUUGUAAAUAAUAUAUCGGGAAAUAACCGUCAGAACGUUUUUAUUUCUUUUCUAAUGUAUGGUGAGGAGCUAGGGGGCGCAAUGUGGGGAAAUUAGAUAGCAUGUCCACAACUACAUGACACAUGUAGACGUUAAUUUUAAAAUCUGUCAACCAACUACAAAAAUGGCUUUUAGUGACAGAUUUAAGUAUAACAUAGUCAUCAUUGAAAUGUAGUGACAAAAAUCAUAUCAUAAUCAUGAACUAUGCAGGACGUUUUUUUCACUUUCAGAGUGAUCAUUUGAGAAUGUACUAGUCUGACAGUGAUGCUGUGUACUAAAUUUUGGCUUCUAGGAAGCUUUUUCUUUGGGGGAUGGGUUCAUUUUAUCAACUACAUACUUUUCCUAACAAAUCCCCCUAGAGAAACUAAAUUUGGGGUACCUACUUUUGAAAACUAGAACUAGGUUUAGAUGUGUAGGGACAUUGUACACAGAAGGCACACUCACUUCUCCACAAUCAUGUAUGAAAGUCAGUGACAUGUAUUGAAUUAUUUGACUUGUCUACAUCUGAUUUUAUAGAGGUAACAUUGAAUUGUCAACUUGAAUUUUAGUCAAUGUUUUUAAGUCUUUUUUCAUGUUCAGUGCAAUGUUUCAUCUUUUACCUUUUGUUGUAUAAUUUCCUUUUUUUAAUGCUAGCUGACAUUAACAAUUGUGUUGUGUACACAAAAUGCAAGGUUUAAAUACAGUAUUAAAUUUUUUCUUUGGAUU